UGCGGCUCUUGUUGGCGUCAGCCGCGUCGCAUGCUCUCUCUCUCUACUCUCUCUCUUGUUUCCCUUUGCUAAAAGCUUAAAGCAAAAAACAAAAAAAACAAAUCGGACAGUAUUGUGACCACGCAGCGUUGGGGGCGUACGCCGGCGGGGGGAGAUCCUUCGGUGACGGGGGAUGGCGGCGGGGAGGAGGGGGCCGGGGGAGUGGUGGCGGUAGUGGCGGGCAGUGGUUGGGUGGGUGGGGGUUUGGGAGUAGGUGGGUGAGAGGGACAUGAAGGCGCUGCGGCGAUCCAGUACCUCGUCCUCGUCGUCGCCGACGGCCGCAUCCUCCCCGCCGUUGUCGUCUUGGAUCCACAUCCGGUCGCUCCUCGUCGCAGCCGCGUCGUCGUCGUCCUCCUCCUCCUCGGCAGCGGGGAGCACGGUGGCCGUGGCGUCUGCUGUGGCGGCUGCCUCGUCUUCGUCCUCUCCGGCGUCGUCCUCGCCGCACUCGGAUCGGGGUGGUAUUAAAUCUCCAUGGUCUCGAAGGAAAAGAAAAAAGGCACUUUCUCGUGAACAGUGGGACAGUCUGUUUUCGGCAAAUGGGAAGCUUCUUGAUGGAGGAAAGAAGUUUCUCAAGAAAGUUCGCAGUGGGGGUAUUGAACCAGGUAUUAGGGCUGAAGUUUGGCCCUUCCUACUAGGAAUCUAUGAUUUGAAUAGCUCUGAAGAGGAUAGGAAUACUGUCAAGCUCAAGAAAAGGAAAGAGUAUGAAAAGCUGAGGCGGCAGUGCCAACAAAUUCUGAAUGGCUACAAGGGAAAUGGAUUAAAGGCGAUAACUGAAGUUAAUAAUGAGGAGUGUUCUGGUUUAGAGGGUACUGCUGAAGGAUCAGAAUCUCCUUUUUUCGAAGGUGCCAAUGUUGUAAGUGCUUCUGUGUCACUUGAGGAGCUAAAACCUGAACACAGCGAGGCUGAGCAACCUGAGGACACACCCUAUAUUGUCGUAGAAUGUAUGGAGGAAGACGCAAAUGAGUUAACUUAUGCAGAUCCAUGCAUAGCAGAGUCAGAAUCUUCUGACUCUGAAUCAUCUGAUGAGGAUGACCCUGGAAGGAUAUCUAUGUAUGGUGAGGAGAAUUGUGAUCCAGAUCCUAAAUUUACUAGGAGCACUUCAUUCAAGGUGGAUUUUUUUAGGUCUAGCAGAACCUCAGAGGACUUUGCCACAUGGCAGCGCAUCAUAAGGUUGGAUGCUAUCCGGUCCAACACUGAAUGGAUUAUGUUCUCCCGUGACCAGGCUGAAGUUUCCAAAGAGAGAGCAUUGCAGUGUGCAGCAUCUGUUGGGUUGAAAGAUUAUGAUCACUUAGAGCCCUGUAUGAUUUAUCAUGCCACUCGAUUAGUUGGACUGCUUGAAGCAUAUGCAGUCUACGACCCAGAGAUCGGCUACUGCCAAGGUAUGAGUGAUCUCUUAUCACCUAUAAUUGCAGUGAUGGAGGAUGAUGAUGAAGCAUUUUGGUGCUUUGUGGGUUUCAUGCGGAAAGCAAGACACAAUUUCAGGCUUGAUGAGGUUGGAAUACGAAGGCAGUUGAAGAUUGUCUCUCAGAUUAUCAAACGUAAAGACUCGCACCUGUAUAGGCAUCUGCAGAAGUUGCAGGCUGAGGACUGUUUCUUUGUGUACAGAAUGGUGGUGGUUCUCUUCAGGAGGGAGCUCACUUUUGAGCAGACAGUGUGUCUGUGGGAGGUUAUGUGGGCUGAUCAAGCAGCCAUACGAGCCGGGAUUGGGAGGUCCACCUGGGGAAGAAUAAGGCUGCGUGCUCCGCCAACCGACAACUUGUUGCUUUAUGCCAUCGCUGCGUGUGUCCUGCAGAGGAGGAAGCUAAUAAUCGAAAAGUAUAGUAGCAUGGACGAGAUAUUGCGAGAGUGCAAUAGCAUGGCUGGGCAGCUAGACGUCUGGAGGCUACUAGAUGAUGCACAUGACCUGGUUGUUAACCUUCAUGAUAAAAUUUGAUGUGGGGUAAGUGCUGUUCUUUGUUUUCGCGGCAGAACAGAUGUAGACCUCAACAAGAAAUUUUGAGGUAUCUUUACUGCCUGUUGAAAGUAUUCUAUUAUCUGCUAUUCGUUCCUGGCACAGAACCCACUUCUAGGUAUGGAGAAUGUUAUAACUUAGAGCGAGGACUUGAGUGUCCUCGCAAAGAAAAAGCUGAAAUACUGUUUGGUGUUACUGAGGCACUGUAAACUAUUCAUUGUUUAACCUGUUAUAGGUAAAAACAGAAUUUCCAUGGAUGGCAGUUCAUCCAUUUUAUGCAUCAAUGCUCAAGCUAACGAGUAGAAAUGUGCAUGGUCGUAUA